UCAGCGCACUGAUAGAGUCAGUCACUUGUUAAGCCCUGCCUUUGCAAUUUAAAGAAACGUUCGGCUCGGGCUUCCAACGACAGUAAUUGGCUUGGAAGUCUAAACCCGUAAGAUUGGACAAGGCACCUGUGGGCGAUCACGGAAUCUUUCUGUGAUGAUUACUGUCGUUUAUUCAGAAGUCUCAAGGCGACGAGCUAAAGCCGGCUUCUGAAUACAGAGAUGAAUGCUUCAAAUAAGUGCGUUAUUUACACUCGCAGCUAAAGCAAUUCAGUGUCUUUGUCUAUAUCUGGUACCAGGCAUUGGAUCCCGAGCUCGUACAUCUAAAAAGUAAGAAUGAUUCCACAGUGCCCUAUGCAGAAUGGACUAAUGGUGUUUGACAGUCACAGUUAAAACUGUGUGAAGGGAAGAAAACAUGCAAUUUAAAUUGACGAAAUGCAAGUAGGAUGUAAAGAUAAGGUGCUGACUAUUGUUGAAGUGUACCACACAAUAGUUAUCAUCCCAAUUUGAAGCAGACACCACCAGAACUGCAAACAUUAUGAAACUGAUAAUAAAUAAUGCUGAUUCAAAAAAUUACAAGCUUAGACACUAGAGGAUCUCCACAGCAGAACUGGCAUCAUUCCGGCUGAAGGAAACCAACUGGGACCCAGGCGGCUGAGACUGGGCGGAUAUCUGCGCAGAGACAGACAGAGAGGGAGAAAGCUCCGAGCCCAGGACCCGGCGCCUUUCCCCGGUUUGCGGCUUUCACCCUUGCAGUGAGUGAGAGCAGCUCAGGAUGCGGCAGGGAAGGUUAUAGAGUCCAACGCGAAAAGCUGUCAUGAUCCUCGGAAAAGACUGGAAGGACAGGUACACUUUCAGUAAGAACUGGAGAUAGCAGUUGGGGUCCCACACCCCCCUCCCUCCCUCUCCACAAAUCUUUACCGUGCAAUUUAAAAACUUCCCUUUUCUACACGAGAGAAUCUCCCAAGAAGCAAGUAGCGAUGGCAACGCUUAUAAAAAACAAGCUUUCAAAUGUUGCUACUUCCGUCUCGAACAGAUCUCAGGCUAAAGUUAGCGGGGUGUUCGCCAGAAUGGGCUUUCAAGCGGCGACAGAUGAGGAAGCUGUAGGAUUUGCCCAAUGUGAUGACUUGGACUAUGAGCAUCGUCAGGGUCUACAGAUGGACAUUUUGAAGCCUGAAGAGGUGAGCGGAGAUGCAGAGCCAGUGGCUGAGGGCGAUAGUCACUACCAGAGGGACGGGACUGGUCUGCCUCCUUCAACCUCCAAGGAUGGAGAGCCGUGUGUGGAAUUAGCAGCUCAGGGGAAGCCCAAAAUCACUGCCUGGGAAGCGGGCUGGAACGUGACAAAUGCCAUCCAGGGUAUGUUCGUUCUGGGUCUCCCCUAUGCUAUCCUGCACGGAGGAUAUCUUGGUCUGUUUUUAAUCAUUUUCGCCGCGGUUGUGUGUUGCUACACGGGAAAGAUCCUGAUUGCUUGCCUGUACGAGGAAAACGAAGACGGCGAGCUGGUGAGAGUAAGAGACUCCUAUGUAGACAUUGCCAAUGCCUGCUGUGCCCCUCGCUUUCCGAAGCUGGGUGGCAGGGUCGUGAAUGUAGCCCAAAUCAUUGAGUUAAUAAUGACCUGCGUUUUGUAUGUGGUUGUAAGUGGCAACCUUAUGUAUAACAGUUUCCCGAAUCUGCCCGUCUCUGAAAAGUCGUGGUCUAUCUUGGCCACUGCGAUACUAUUACCUUGCGCGUUCCUCAAAAAUCUCAAAGCGGUGUCCAAGUUCAGCUUGCUCUGCACUCUGGCACAUUUUGUAAUUAACAUCUUAGUGAUCGCCUACUGCCUGUCUCGAGCCCGGGACUGGGCCUGGGACAAAGUCAAAUUCUACAUUGAUGUAAAAAAGUUCCCAAUUUCCAUCGGUAUUAUCGUCUUUAGCUACACGUCACAGAUCUUCCUGCCGUCGCUGGAGGGCAACAUGAAAAGCCCCAAAGAAUUCCACAGUAUGAUGAACUGGACUCAUAUAGCAGCGUGUAUAUUAAAGGGACUGUUCGCCCUGGUAGCCUAUCUAACCUGGGCAGAUGAGACAAAGGAGGUGAUCACAGACAACCUGCCCUCCACUAUUAGGGCAGUGGUCAACGUUUUUCUAGUGGCCAAAGCUUUGCUGUCCUAUCCGCUGCCAUUCUUCGCAGCUGUAGAAGUCUUAGAGAAGUCUUUUUUCCAGGAGGGCAGGAUUGCAAUGUUUACGAAUUGUUAUGGGGUAGAUGGUAAACUCAAAUCAUGGGGCUUAGCUUUACGCUGCAUACUGGUAGUCUUGACCUUGUUUAUGGCCAUGUAUAUCCCCCAUUUCGCUCUGUUAAUGGGCCUGACUGGGAGCCUAACGGGUGCAGGUCUCUGUUUUCUGCUCCCGAGUCUCUUCCACCUCCGAAUAUUGUGGCGAAAACUGCAGUGGCAUCAUGUCUUUUUCGAUGUCUCCAUAUUUGUCAUCGGUUCUAUAUGCAGUGUGUCCGGCUUCAUCCAUUCGCUGGAGGGACUAAUUGAGGCUUUCGCCUCCAACACAAGCGACUGAGAGCCAUUUGGGCUACAUCCCUCCCCGAUCCCCCUUCCACCCCCAAGAUCCACAAAACCUUUCAGAUAGGCGCCCAUUUUAAUUUUGCGCAGACUCAAAUUGUUACUUAAAAACGAUGAAGCGCAGGAACUAUGAAAAAAAAUUACAAUUCUGACCGCAUUGCGGCAACUCAUGCAAUUGUAAUUCGGCGUUUUGCAAAUGGAGAUGACAAGGCCAACCUUCAAAAACACUUUGAAAUAUUUCCACAGUAUUUCAAAUAUGAGUACUGGCGGGCUUUGUUGUCACCAACUCGCAUCCCAACAUUAUUAGGUUUCGACAACGAGGCCUCUAGGCAAGAGACUGGGAACGUCUUAAAAUCCAUGUUUAUUAUAUGGGAGAGGAAUAUAUGUGCUAUCCAAGCGAUUAUUUCAUGAACAUGUGGAAAUGUUUUAAACCGUCUGUGUGGUGUGGUUAUACAUGGCGGAAUGUAUAAUGCGAAGUUUAACUUGAAGUAUAUAUUGUGUAAUAUAAAGAUAUAUAUAUACAUAUAUGGCAAAAUAAAUGACUAUCUAGUAUCUUUUGGUGGUGUUGUUUCUAACGUUGAAAUCUGUGGAAUUACAGGUAUUUUGAUCAGUGAAUGAUCAUUGUUUAAAAUAGAUUGAAUAUAAAUUUCCACAACUGAUGAUGUUCUUUUGACGACUUUGAGAGAUAAUGGCGCUUGUGCUCUCCGUGUUAACAGUGAUACUUAAGGCACAAGCCGCACAUUGUUUGCAUAUGAAUGUUCCACCUACAGGGUCGACUCCAAAACGACUUUAAGACUUCUGCUUUUUUUUCCAACGACAAAGUAGAGAAACCACAUACAUUUUAAUUUCAGACAGUUAGGCAGGAAACCAUACCAACUCAUUGCUAGAUUAACAACGCAUAUAUCAAAAACGUAUCAAAUUAAUCGAUAGAAAAACGAACUAUUAGUCGAUUGAUGAAUCGCAUUAAUCAGCACAAUUGAAAUCUCACCCAGCAACGAGAUACUUUAUUUUACUAUUAUGUAACUAACGAUAUUUAAUUUCACGACAGAUUACAGGCUCCGUAACGAUUGCGGGAUCAACACAUUUAGGUUUAGGUAGUACGAAUCUGCGGAAUUAAAAUAGGGACAGUGAUGUUAUCAAUUAUCAGAGCGUAUUUUGGUGAAUUGUUAAAUGUAGAUUCUCAAUUUAUAUAUCUGCCACAUCCGCGUUUCAAGAUCGUAUUUAAUUAAUGCAAUAUCGUGUUCGUCAGAGUCACUUGAUCCCAGUACAUGCAGUUUCUUGUAUCGAGACUGAUUAUUUUAAAAGAGUAGUGUCAUUGGAAAGGGGAAAUAGAAUGAAGAACGGGAUUUUAUAGAAUUGGUACGAAAGUAUUUCACUUACAAAGGAGAUAGGCUAUAAUUCGCGCUGAAUCGUGGAAUCAACCACGUGCAUAUAUUAUUUAUAGAUACUUAAUAUUUUCAUGUUUAUUUUGCCAUGCGAUUUUAACGCAAGAAACCUGGACUUCAAUUUAGGACAGAUGAGUUAUUGCCUUCUGUAUUGGUAGAUAAAAGAUAAAAUCAGAUGGAUGAAUAACCUUGCAGGAAAUUGGUCGCUGCUCCUGGUGUGAUAAGACCGUUUCGCAGUUCGUUAACCACUCUCAGCAUUUUCCCCGAAGAUUUCAUGGACAAAUACCAGAAACUCCUAUCUCUGACACAACACCGAUGAACUCACACGAUUUUAUAAAACUGUAUUUGCAUGUUAAAAAGCAAGUUAAUGUCUGUUGUUAGAUACUGAGUGAAAUAAUGUAUAGCAAAUUUUGGUAAAGAUUCGAAUUGUGCAGCCGCAGGGAUUGUUACAGAAAAUGUACUUUUUCACUGAAAUGCAUUGUUCUCGCUAACUACUUAAGGGUGGCUUGAGCACAGGUAACUAUCAACGUUCACCUCAACCCACAUCCUGCGUCUGCUCAUUGGGAAUGGGGCCAAUUAAAUUGUGCUUACAGAGAAUUCGAUGGCCAAACGGGCGCUUUCAAUUUUGGAAUGGUUCUAUGAUUCUGGAUGGUCAUAUCCCAUUUAACAGGGGAAUGCAAUUCGUCACAAUUUCUACAGUUAACCGUCACCGUACCUGCAGAAAUGUCAAUGCAUAAAUGGGUUUAACCGUAUUCAGUUGAUUUCCAUUACUCACCCUUUUAUUUAAGUCGAUGCAAUAAUAAUGCUUGUAUUUUCAAACUAGUAACCUGGGACAUUUUAAGAUUAUAUUUCAGUACUAUCUAAAUACUGAUCAACCAAAAUACGUCUUGCCCACGUGCAACAAAAAAAAUCAAGGACGUAACUCCCGCAAUCGCAGCAUUUUGGCUUUAUUGUAAUAAAUCAUACAGUUUUAUUCUGUUUGGGCUGAAAUAACUAAUCUAAAACCUUGCUCCAUCCAGGUGCAGGCGGACGUUAAACGUUUUAGUAUUUGGUAUUGUUUAUGGCGGCAAAAAUAAGAAAUUGUCACGAGUUUAUUUGAAACCUGCAUUCAACGUUUUCACUGAUAAAUAUGUUUCUAGUUUUAGCUUCUUUUCGUAUCGAAUUUGUUCUCCGAUAGCUGGCGAAAAGUGACAACUACUUAUAACACACAAAGCUUUCUUUGUUUUGUUUUAAAAUAUUCUGCACUCUGUAAAUCUCCUGUACUUGCUCCUAACACAGCACACCUGAUUUGCAAUAAAUGCAACUUUGUAUGGACCCUAUAUUUCCAAAGAAAAAAUAAAAACAUAAUUAAAA